AUGAACUACGUACCGGGGACGGCUAGUCUCAUAGACGAGAUCGACAAAAAACAUCUGGUUCUCCUCCGAGAUGGUAGAACACUAAUCGGAUACCUAAGAAGCAUUGAUCAAUUCGCCAACUUAGUGUUCCAUCAGACGGUUGAACGUAUCCACGUGGGCAAGAAAUUUGGUGACAUUCCUAGAGGAAUCUUCAUUGUGCGAGGAGAAAAUGUGGUGCUGCUAGGCGAAAUAGAUGUUGAUAAACCUUGCGACACAAUCCUGCAGCAGGUCUCUAUUGAGGAGAUUCUAGAAGAGCAGAGGUUGAAGCAGCAAACCAAGCAGGAGACUGAGAAAGUAAAGAUGCAGGUCCUAAAAGACCGAGGCCUCUCCAUCCCGAAAGCUGAUAACUUGGAUGAAUAUUAG